AUGUUCAUGCAACAUUUGCGAAAAGCUAUCUUGGGAUUAAAAAAAUGGAAAAAAUCAACUUACGAAAGAUAUCAUCGCACACGAUGCGUCGAUCCGAAAAAGAACAAUUUCGUAGGUACGUUGAUAAAAUUGUUCGUAUCAACUGUUCUCGUUUCCACCCUUGUUCCAUAUAAAUUUUCUUUUCGCAGUAUAUUGUUUGCUCUAUUUAUUCGUAGGUAUAUAGUCGGCUUAAUAACGAAACCAGAAUUAUCGGAAACGAAAGAGGAUUUGCAGAUUGACAAUAAUACGAAUAGAUAUUAUUAUUAUUACAUUUACCACGGCGUCGAUACAACUCGGAUCGCACGAAUUCAAGAGGAUGUUUUGAAGAAAAUAUUAAAUUUGGUACCGCGCAAAUUACGAGAUAAAUUUAUCGAUUACACGAAUCAAUUGUUAAUCGAAAUAGAAGAAGAUUUUUCGCGUAAUAUAAAGAGGGCUGUAUUAGAAUCGGCAUUGUUGGAUCCUUAUGGUGAAGAUCCGCAUUACAAGGAUGAAACUCUGGUGGUUCGAGUCGAUACUCAAUGUAUCGAACGAUACAGGUAUAUUCUGGAAAAGAGCUUACAUUUGAUAAAUCCAUGCAUGAGAAUGACUUUAGAACAAUGGAUAGUCGAUUACGAAACAUUUCGUUUGAUCGACUUCAAAGUAAUUGCCUCGCACAACGAGAGUUGGGAUUUAAUAGAUUUUCAAAAUUUAAUCUUUCGACAAAUCGCUAAGGCAAAACGCAAUCUGUACAAGUCUUGGUACGGUGGUGUACAGGAUAUAUAUCUCGCGAAUAAUAGGAAAAAUGUAGUGCCCAGUCCUUUGCAACGUAAGCGCUUUAAAAGAUUUUUCGAUUGCACUGCAACGUUGAUGGAGUCUCAACUGUUGGAAGUGUGCGAGAAAACCCUUCAGGAUUUUAUGAAAUACAUCGUUACGUGCGCGCCUUACAAUCCUGGUUUUAAAAUAAAUUUAGUAAUCAAAUCGAAAAACUUGAUAUUCGAACCGACUUUCGAACUAUUUAAAGAAACACUUUGCAAUAUUUUAGACAAUCUUUGUGAGACGGUGCAACAUUUCGAAAGGCUCGAAACUCAACUUUAUCUCGACUGGAGUGGACCACUAGAAUUUCUUAAACCGAAAAUAUCGAAGACUAUGAUCGGACAAUUGAAAAAACAAAUUAACGAUUUGAUUGAACAAUUCAGGCUUGCUCCGGAAGAGAAAUUAAUGAAAAUGAAAGAGUACACGCAUCUGUACGACGGUCAAGAAGAAAAAAUUGUCAAUCUUUUUCUGGCGGAUCAAACGAAUGCCUUAAAAAAUUACAAGGAGAGGAUUGAAUAUUAUCAUGAAGUUGCAAUAAAAAUACCAUUAGAAAUUGAGAAGACAAUAUUCGAAGAAUUUUUUGAAAUUUCUCUCAAGACAUUCAUCGAAUUCUUAGUUAAUGAAGUUGUUGGCUUCAAAGUCGCAUUAAUUAAUCAUUUAAUAACCAUAUAUCAGACUAUAGUGGAAAACGUUAUAGAAGAAUAUAAAAGCAUAGCAGAUCGGGCUUUGAGUGAACCAGCAAACACCGCUAUUUUAAUGGAAUUAAUUGCUUAUGUAAGAAAAGUCGACGAUGUCACGCUGGCGAAUGUAGAAAAUAAAUUGCACAUAAUAAUGGAUCACAUUCUCCUUCUUUCGGACUAUUGCUUAUUGACCGACGAAGAAAUAAAUAGAAAUAACACUGCCUUUCAAUGGUAUCAUAAGAUUCCUGAGAUUCUAGAAGACAAUCGAUCGAUCGUAGAGAAUAAGAUGAAAGAAUUUCAAGACGCUCUUAAAGUUAGGUAUCAAAAAUUCGAAGAAGAAUUGGAAUCUUACGCCGAACAGGUGGAGGAGGUUCAACAUUGGGGAGACAUAGACGAGGUGUUCCGAUAUCAAAAGAAAGCUCAGAACUUGGAGAAUAAAUUGAUUGCCGCUAUGGAAAAGAUCGACAGAUUCAACGAAGAAGAAUUAGCUUUUGGUUGGGAAAUAACUCAAUAUCCAUUUCGUAAAAAAAUCGCGGAUCGAUUGGCACCUUUUAAGAAACUCUUCGAUACUGCUUGCGAAUACUUAAGCAAAUACGAGCAAUGGAUAAACUCCGUGAUCGGUAGUUACGAUCCAGAAACUAUCGAAGACGAAGUAGGCCAAGCUUACAGAGCGAUUUAUAAGCUGGAAAAAAGUUUUCAAGAGCCUGACUCUAGAAAUUUGGCUGCUACGGUACUCGACAAAAUAGAAGAUUUUAAAGAUCGUAUACCUGUUGUCUUGACACUCGGUAACCCAGGAAUAAAAGCUCGUCAUUGGGCUCAAAUCUCGACGAUUAUUGGCAUUCCUAUUAAAUUUGAUGACGAGCUAACUCUUGGAAAAGUACUCGAUAUGCAUUUGGACAGAUAUAUUGGUCAGCUCGAAGGUAUAUCCGAGGCUGCUACCAAGGAGAACACUUUAGAGAGGGGUAUGGAUAAAAUGGAAAAAGAAUGGUCAGAUUUGGUUUUUACUAUCAAUCUUUAUAAAGACACUGGCACCUAUGUGGUUGCUAGCGUCGACGAGAUACAAUUAUUGCUAGACGAUCAUAUUAUGAAAGCUGUUACUAUUAGAAAUUCGCCUUACAUUAAACCCUUCGAAUCACGAAUUAUGAAAUGGUUACAAAAGUUACAUUUAUUGGAAGAUAUUUUAGAUCAUUGGUUGAAAGUUCAAUCGAUCUGGAUGUAUUUGGAACCGAUCUUUUCGUCUCCUGAUAUUCAACAGCAAAUGCCAGAGGAAGGCCGAAGAUUUUCAGCGGUCGACAAGACGUGGCGUGAUAUAAUGAAAACUGUCGAGGCCGAUCCUCGCGUAUUGACCGUCAUCGAAAUAGAUAAAAUGUUGGAAAGGUUGAAGAAAAGUUUUGCUUUUCUCGAAUUAAUUCAGAAAGGUCUCAAUGAUUAUUUGGAGAAGAAAAGACUUUUCUUUCCACGCUUUUUCUUCUUGUCGAACGACGAGUUAUUAGAAAUACUUUCGGAGACGAAAGAUCCUACGAGAGUUCAGCCACAUUUGAAGAAAUGUUUUGAAGGGAUAGCCAAAUUAAAGUUCAACGAGGAACUCGAAGUAUUAGCAAUGAGAUCAUCCGAAGACGAAGAGGUUCCUUUGACAGAUGUGAUAUCGACAAUGGCAGCAAGAGGACAAGUUGAGAAAUGGUUGAUCGAAUUGGAAAGGAUAAUGCGAGAAAGCAUACGUCAAGUCGUAAAAGAUGCGAUAGAUGCUUAUUUCAUAAAGGAAAGAACGGCAUGGGUUUUAGAUUGGCCUGGACAAACGAUUCUUUGCGUUGGACAAAUGUAUUGGACUCAGCAAGUCGAAGAGGCGAUGUUACGAGGCGUUGACGGUCUACGCGAGUAUUUCGAUCAAUGCCAAACAGAAUUAAAUGACAUCAUUGUGCUAAUAAGAGGAAAGUUAUCCAAACAGAAUCGUGUUUCAUUAGAAGCUUUGGUUACAUUGGACGUUCACGGAAAGGACGUGCUAGAAGAUCUCUGCGAGGAAGAAGUUACGAAAAACACCGAUUUCAGGUGGCUUUGUCAUCUUCGUUAUUAUUGGCUGACCGAGAACAUGUGGGCUUAUAUGAUAAAUUCGUAUCUACCGUAUGGUUACGAAUAUCUUGGAAAUACAUCGAGAUUAGUGAUCACCCCGUUGACCGAUCGAUGUUAUCGAACAUUGUUUGGCGCUUUAAAUCUUCAUUUGGGUGGGGCACCCGAAGGACCGGCAGGAACUGGAAAAACCGAGACUACGAAGGAUCUGGCCAAGGCAAUGGCCAAGCAGUGCGUCGUUUUCAAUUGUUCCGAAGGUCUCGAUUAUUUAGCUCUUGGUAAAUUUUUCAAAGGUAUUGCUUCUUGCGGCGCUUGGUCUUGCUUCGACGAGUUCAAUCGGAUAGAUCUCGAAGUCCUAUCGGUCGUUGCGCAACAAAUCUUAACGAUACAACGCGCCAUCAAUGCCAAGGCCGAAAAGAUCGUUUUCGAGGGAACGGAGAUCUUUUUAGAUCCUACCUGUGCUAUUUUCAUCACGAUGAAUCCUGGCUACGCCGGAAGAUCGGAAUUACCGGAUAAUUUGAAAGCUCUAUUCCGACCGGUUGCUAUGAUGGUACCGGAUUAUGCGCUCAUAGCUGAAAAUACACUUUAUUCUUAUGGUUUCUAUAACGGAAGACCUCUAGCAGUUAAAAUCAGUACGGCUUACAAGCUAUGUUCCGAGCAACUUAGUAGUCAGCAUCAUUACGAUUACGGUAUGAGAGCCGUCAAGUCGGUCCUAGUUGCUGCUGGAAAUUUGAAAUUAAGAUAUCCCGAUGAAUCGGAAGAUAUAUUAGUAUUGAGAAGUAUCUUGGACGUUAAUCUACCAAAGUUCCUCGUCCACGAUCUCCCACUCUUUCAGGGAAUUGCUUCGGAUUUAUUUCCUGGCAUUGUGCUACCUGCUCCAGAUUACACGCAUAUCAAUGAAUGCACGAGAGACGCCUGUCGCGCGGCAAAUAUUCAAUGUACGGAUUUCUUUCUCGAGAAAAUACAACAGAUCUACGAGAUGAUGAUCGUUAGACACGGGUUCAUGAUUGUCGGUUUACCCUUUGGCGGAAAGACUUCCGCUUACAGGAUGUUGGCCGAUUGCCUGGCUUUGCUCGAGGAUCGUGGACUGAUGGAUGAGCAUCGAGUGGAGAUUACCGUCAUCAAUCCCAAGGCUAUCACGAUGGGUCAACUCUAUGGUCAGUUCGAUCCUGCCUCUCACGAGUGGACCGAUGGAGUGCUCGCUGUUAGUUAUAGGGCAUUUGCGGUUUCUACUAACGAGAACAGAAAGUGGUUGGUAUUUGACGGCCCCGUAGAUGCACUCUGGAUAGAAAAUAUGAAUACCGUAUUGGAUGACAACAAAAAGCUUUGUCUCACCUCGGGGGAAAUUAUCCAGUUGGCACCCACCACAAAUUUAAUUUACGAACCCAUGGAUUUGGAGGUUGCCUCUCCAGCUACCGUAUCAAGAUGCGGUAUGAUCUACAUGGAACCUAUCAGCCUUGGCUGGAAACCGUUGUUAACUUCUUGGCUAAAUACGCUUCCUCCUGCUAUCCACGAGCACCUUAAAAAUCACCUCGAGGAAAUGUAUACGAGAUUCUGUCCACCUCUCUUACACUUGAUACGUCGUUGCGGGGCUAAAGAAAUGAUCAAUAUGCCGGAUGCCAACUUGACGAGAUCCGUUAUGCAUCUCUUUGAUUGUUUCAUGGACGAUUUUUACGAUGAAAAUUAUAUGCAAUCGUUAUCGGAUUUGGAUGUUAGAGCUCAAGUGGAGGGUUGCUUCUUAUUUUCGUGUAUUUGGGCGUUGGGAGGUACGCUGAUGGUGAAUUAUCGAGAAUGGUUCAACAUACUUUUUAGAGCGUUGUUAACUUCAGAAUUUCCGAAUGACGUAAGAGAACGUUUUUCCAUAACCGAUGAAAUUCCUGAUUUAAAAAAGCCCUAUAUCGCUAUUAUACCAACCAUUGGAUUGGUUUACGAUUAUAAGUUUGUAAAAGAAGGUAGAGGAAAGUGGAAACCGUGGGCGGACGAUCUGCAAGAUGCUCCAGCAAUACCGAAAGAUAUACCAGUCAAUCAAAUAAUUGUUACUACCAUCGAGACAAUACGAUAUUUUCAUCUUUUCCGAAGCUUGAUAUGUCACCAUAAGCCUGUGCUUCUGGUUGGUCCGACUGGUACAGGAAAGUCGGUAUACAUUAUGGAUUUUCUUCUUAAGAGGAAUAAUCCGGAGAUAUUCAAGCCGCUCUUUGUAAUAUUCUCGGCACAAACCACGGCCAAUCAGACGCAGGAUAUUAUUAUGAGUAAAUUAGAUAGAAGGAGGAAAGGAGUGUACGGUGCUACACCUGGCUCUCACUGCGUCGUUUUCGUCGAUGACCUUUCCAUGCCGCAAAAAGAAGAAUUUGGUGCUCAGCCACCCAUCGAAUUGCUCAGACAAUUAUUGGAUCAUUGGACUUGGUACGAUUUCAAGGAAAUCGUACCGAUCAAGCUGAUGGAUGUCCAAUUAAUUUGCGCGAUGGGACCACCAUCGACCGGUCUCGAUGUUACGCCCAGAUUCAAGAGACACUUCGUUACGUUAGCCGUUUCCGAGUUCGACGACGAUGUCAUGGUGAUGAUCUUCAGUAAAAUUAUGUCUUGGCAUUUGGAAAGUCAAGGUUUUUCUCCUCUCUUCGAGUGUUGCAUUGAUUAUAUCGUUAAUGCUACGUUGGAUAUUUACAAAAAGACAAAACUGCAUCUUUUACCUACCCCUGCCAAAUCUCAUUAUUUAUUCAAUCUGCGUGAUUUUUCAAGAGUCAUUCAAGGCGUCUUACUUUCCACCCCCGAUUCGAUCAUUAGCCCCGUUGCGAUGAAACGUUUGUGGGUUCACGAAGUUCUUCGCGUUUACGGGGAUCGUCUUGUGGACGAUAUCGACACUCGAUGGCUGAUUGCACAAAUGAAACAAACACUGAGCGAUCAUAUGAAAGAUACUAUGGAACAUCUUUUCAAUGAUCUACUUGAACGAUUUGAAACCGAGAUAACGGAAUUGCAUCUACGGAAUUUAGUUUAUUGCGAUUUUCAUGAUCCACUAGCCGAUAAAAAAUUAUACGUAGAGGUCGACUUGGACGAACUUACUGUCGCGGUAGAAGAUUAUUUAUCGGAAUAUAACGAGUUAUCGAGAACACCCAUGAAUCUGGUUCUCUUUAGAUUCGCGAUAGAACAUCUUUCAAAGAUUUGCCGAGUAAUGAUGCAGCCACGGAGUCAUGCAAUGCUCGUUGGGGUCGGCGGAUCCGGUCGGCAAUCGUUAACUAGGCUAGCUGCUCACAUCUCGGAUUACGAUCUUUUCCAAGUGGAGAUGUCUCAACAAUACGGUCCACACGAGUGGCACGAAGACUUGAAGAAUAUUUUGAGAAGAAGCGCUGCCAGCGACUUGCACACCGUAUUUCUUUUUAUGGACACUCAGAUCAAGGAGGAAACAUUUUUGGAAGAUGUUAGCAAUUUGUUGAAUUCUGGCGAGGUCCCGAAUCUUUUUACCGGCGAGGAUAAAUCGGAGAUAUGCGAGAAAAUGCGACUAAUCGAUAGGCAGAGAGACAAAUCGAUGCAAACCGAUGGAAGUCCCGUAGCACUGUUCAACUUUUUCGUACAAACUGUCCGCGAGCAUUUGCACGUGGUCGUGACGAUGUCGCCGAUCGGUGACAAUUUUCGAAUAAGAAUUCGUAAGUUUCCUGCUUUAGUCAGCUGUUGUACGAUCGAUUGGCUGCAACCUUGGCCGGAGGAUGCACUCCUCGCGGUGGCUACUCAAUUCUUAAACGAGAUAGAAAUGCCCGUUGAAGAACGCGAGGCCUGCAUCGAAAUGUGUCAAUUCUUUCAUACGUCGACGCAGGAUCUAUCGAAGGAAUUUUUAAAAAAGGCCAAGAGACAUAAUUACGUCACUCCCACCUCUUAUCUCGAAUUAAUUAACACGUUCAAAGAUCUUCUCGGGAAGAAAAGGAGGGAAGUUCUCGAAGGUAAGAGAAGAUACGAAGCGGGUCUUGAAAAGUUGGACAGUACGCAUAGGCAGGUAGAAAAGAUGCAAGAGAUAUUGGUGGCGUUGCAACCGAAAUUGAUAAUCGCCGCCAAAGAUGUCGAGGCGAUGUUUCGCGACGUGCAAAACGAGAGCGAAGAAGUUAGCGCGAUGGAGCAAAUUGUCAAAGAAGACGAACAAGCUGCUUUGGUGGUUGCAGGGGAGGCAGAUGCUAUACGCGCGGAAUGCGAUGCCGAUUUGCAAGAAGUUAUGCCGAUAUUAAAUGAAGCAAAUGCCGCCUUGAACACCCUGACACCCCAAGAUAUUCAGAUCGUUAAAUCUAUGAAGCGUCCACCAGCUGGCGUGAGACUAGUCAUGACGGCUGUUUGCAUAUUAAAGGACGUUAAGCCAGAAAAAGUUCAGACGCCAGAAGGAAUGGUAGACGAUUAUUGGAAGGCCUCUCUCCGAAUUCUCGGGGAUAUGAAAUUCCUAGAAUCCCUUUUAUUUUUCGAUAAAGAUAAUAUACCGGAAAGAAUAAUGACAAAGAUACGUACGACUAUAUUGACAAAUCCGGAUUUCGAUCCUGAAAGAAUUAGGCACGUUUCUACGGCUUGCGAGGGKCUAUGCAGAUGGGUUUUCGCGUUGUCCGAAUACGACAAGGUUGCUAAAGUCGUUGCACCUAAAAAGCAAGCAUUGGCUCAAGCGGAAGCCGACUAUACGGAUGCUAUGGAUCAAUUGAACUUAAAGAGGAACCAGUUGCAAGAGGUGCAAGAAAGAUUGAACAAAUUGCAAAUGCUUUUGGCUAGGAGAGAGGCCGAAUACAAAACCAUGACCGACGAAGUUCACGAUUGCGAGGAAAAACUCAGAAGAGCCAAGGAGUUGAUCGGCGGUUUAGGAGGAGAAUAUACGAGAUGGUCUGACACCGCUAAAGCCUUGGGAGAACGUUACUAUACUUUGACCGGUGACGUCCUUAUUGGAUCCGGUAUCGUAGCCUAUUUGGGUGUAUUUACGAUGCAAUAUCGACAGAAACAAAUUGAAAAUUGGAUACAAAUUUGUACGGAUCUUCGUGUUAUUUGCGCGCAAGAUUAUCAAUUGACGCAAGUUCUUGGCGAUCCAGUCUUGAUCAGAUCGUGGAAUAUUUUUGGUCUUCCGAGCGAUCUCUUCUCGAUCGAUAACGGUAUAAUUGUGACCAAUGCUCGACGAUGGCCGCUCAUGAUCGAUCCUCAAAGUCAAGCGAACAAGUGGCUGAAGAAUAUGGAGAAGGCCUCCAACAUUAACGUUAUUAGAUUGGAUCAAUUGGAUUAUAUGAGAGUUCUCGAGAAUGCUAUAACGUUCGGUCAACCUGUCUUACUCGAAAACGUUGGGGAAGAAUUGGAUGCCGCUUUGGAACCUCUUUUAUUGAAGCAAACUUUUAAAUCUGGCGGUGCGAUUUGCAUUAAAGUCGGGGACUCCAUUAUCGAGUAUUCCGAUAACUUUCGAUUUUACAUCACCACGAAAUUACGCAACCCCCAUUAUCUACCCGAAGUCAUUGUCAAAGUUACCUUAUUGAAUUUCAUGAUUACCCCUAUUGGAUUGGAGGAUCAGCUUUUGGGUAUUGUCGUUGCGAAAGAGAGACCAGAUUUGGAGUCGGAAAAAAAUCAAUUAAUCAUUCAGGGUGCCGCUAAUAAAAAAAUGCUGAAGGAAAUAGAAGACAAAAUAUUGAAAGUGUUAUCCGCGUCCGAGGAGAAUAUUCUCGAAGAUGAAACAGCGAUUCACAUUCUCAGUUCUUCGAAAAUUCUUGCCGACGAAAUUCAAGUUAAACAAGCGGCUGCCGAAGUCACCGAAAAGUCUAUCGAUGCGGCAAGAUCGCAAUACGCGCCUAUUGCCGUUCAUAGUACCGUUCUCUUCUUUACGAUCGCGAUUUUGGCGAAUAUCGAUCCGAUGUAUCAAUAUUCUCUGGUUUGGUUCGUCAAUCUUUUUAAAAAUACUAUCGAUAAUACACCAGUAGUCGACGAUAUAGGACAACGAUUGCAAGAUCUUACUAAGUUUUUCACUCGUUCGCUUUACGUGAACAUAUGUCGGUCGUUGUUUGAGAAAGAUAAGCUUCUUUUUUCCUUACUUUUGGUGGUAAAUCUGUUGAACAAGAAAGGAGAGAUAUCGAUGGCACAAUGGAUGUUUCUGCUAACAGGCGGUGUCGGUCUUGAGAACCCUUUCGAAAAUCCUACCCAAUGGCUUCCUACAAAGUCCUGGGAUGAACUGUGUCGCUUGAACGAAGUUACGGGUUUUUUGGGAAUCAAAGAUGUUUUUGUAAAAAACAUCGACGCUUGGAAAUUUAUAUUUGAUGACAAGGAACCUGAUAAAUUAACUUUUCCCGAACCUUAUGAUAAACUUUCCACGUUUGAAAGAAUGUUAGUCUUACGGUGUAUACGACCUGAUAAAGUUGUGCCUGCUGUACAACAUUUUGUCGAAGAAAUAAUAGGACGAAAAUUCAUCGAACCGCCGCCAUUCGAUUUGAUAGCUUCUUACGCGGAUUCGCAUUCUUGUAUACCCCUUAUAUUUGUUCUAACACCGGGUGCCGAUCCUAUGGCAAUUUUAUUGAAAUUCGCCGAUGAUCAAGGCUUUGGAACCAACAGGCUUUUUUCCUUGUCCCUUGGUCAGGGACAAGGUGUUAUCGCUGCAGAACUCAUAGACGAGGGUACGAAAAAUGGUACUUGGGUCGUUUUACAAAAUUGUCACCUUGCUAAAAGUUUUAUGCCACAUCUGGAAAAGAUUUGCGAGAGUUUUACCACCGAAACGGUGCAUCCAGAUUUUCGAUUAUGGUUGACCAGCUAUCCGGUCGAUCAUUUUCCAGUUAGUAUACUUCAAGAUGGAAUUAAGAUGACCAAUGAACCUCCCAAGGGAUUGCGUGCAAAUAUCAUUAGAUCUUACUUACAAGAUCCCAUGUCCGACGAAGAAUUUUUCGAAUCUUCGAAGCAGAAGGAGAAUCUGAAGAAACUUUUAUUUUGUCUCUGCUUCUUCCAUGCGAUUGUUCAGGAACGAAGGAAAUUCGGUCCGAUCGGUUGGAACAAUCAAUAUGAAUUUAACGAGACCGAUCUUAGAAUCAGUGCUUUACAGUUGAAAAUUUUCUUGGAUCAAUACGACGACGUUCAGUUCACUGCACUCAAAUAUUUGACAGGGGAAUGUAAUUACGGUGGACGAGUAACCGACGAAUGGGAUCGAAGAACGUUGAUAACGAUUUUAAAGAAAUUCUAUUGCGUGGAAUCUAUAACGAUAGAAAAUUAUUCCUUUGACGAAACUGGUAUUUAUUAUGUGCCGCAAGUCGAUAAACACGAAGAAUUUCUGGAAUACGUUAGAUCGUUUCCUAUGACAACCGCUCCCAGCGUUUUUGGCAUGAACGAGAAUGCAGACAUUAUAAAGGAUCAACAAGAAACGCAUUUGAUGUUUACGUCGCUCCUGACUACUCAGGAACUGCAAGUGGUAAAGAUCAAAAAAUUAAGGAGUAAGGAUACAGCUGAAACUGAAAUGGAUACAGGAAAAUCGCAAGACGAUAUUGUGUAUGGUGUUGCCGAAGACAUUUUGACAAAGUUGCCAAAUGAUUUUGACCUCGCUGUUGCAUUGGAAAAAUAUCCUACCCUCUAUGAAGAAAGUAUGAACACGGUAUUGGUGCAAGAAAUGGGAAGAUUCAACAAGCUCCUGCAAACGAUUAGGGGCAGUCUCGUGAACGUUCAGAAAGCGAUUAAAGGUCUCGUGAUCAUGAACCCGGACCUCGAAGAAGUAUAUACGUCGAUAAUGAUAGGAAAGAUAUCGCAAAUAUGGAUGAGAAAUUCUUAUCCGUCUUUGAAACCGUUAGGCAGUUAUAUUCUCGAUUUCUUGAAAAGAUUGGCUUUCCUCCAGACGUGGUACGACGAGGGUGUACCAGCGACAUUCUGGAUCUCUGGAUUUUACUUUACCCAAGCUUUUCUUACCGGUGCUCGACAAAAUUAUGCGAGAAAGUACAAGAUUCCGAUAGAUCUCUUAAUAUACGAUUUCGAACCAUUGCGAGAGACAACAUUUCAUGCACCACCCGAAGAUGGAGUAUACGUUUUUGGAUUAUUUCUCGACGGGGCCCGUUUCAAUAUGUCAACUAUGCGAUUAGACGAGUCCUUGCCAAAAAUUUUAUACGAAAGUGUACCAUACAUAUGGUUUAUUCCAAAGAAGAAAGAAGAAAUAAAGGAGAGAAAUACUUACACUUGUCCAGUUUACAAGACAGCAGAAAGAAAGGGUGUACUUUCGACGACUGGACAUUCGACGAACUUUGUAAUCGCGGUAUGGCUCCCGACGGAACUUUCAUCCGAGCAUUGGAUUCUCAGAGGCGUCGCCAUGUUGUGUCAAUUGUCGCAUUAACGGAAACGAGAAAGGGGA